AUGCAGGAAUACAAGCUUGUCGUUCUCGGAACUGGUGGUGUCGGCAAAUCCGCCCUGACAGUUCAAUUCGUCCAGAACAUUUUCGUCGAAAGAUAUGACCCGACGAUCGAAGACUCAUACAGAAAACAGAUGGAAGUGGGAGGAAAAUCCUGCGUUCUUGAAAUCUUGGACACAGCAGGAACAGAGCAAUUCGCGGCGAUGAGAGAUCUCUACAUGAAAAAUGGACAGGGCUUCCUUUUGGUCUAUUCAAUCACUUCUCAAGCUACUUUCGCCGACUUGCAAGAAAUUCGAGAGCAGAUCUUGCGCGUCAAAGACACAGAUGAUGUUCCAAUGGUUCUCGUUGGAAACAAAUGCGAUCUCGAGUCCGAACGAGUUGUUGGAAGAGAACAGGGCGUGAGUCUGGCCCGUUCGUGGGGCAACUGCACAUUCAUGGAGACAUCAGCAAAAGCGAAGAUCAACGUCUCAGAAGCCUUCACCGAUCUGGUGCAUCAAAUCAACCAGAUCAUUCCGCCGCACCAAGCUCACAAGAGCAACCAUAGAGGCGAGAAGACAGGCUGCUGUGGCAAAGGCUCCUGUACAAUUCUAAAAAUGCGAGUCCUUGCUGCCCGAACUGCUGCUAUCGCCACCCGACAGAUCUCUGUCCGACGCGCUGGAUUCCUUCCCGCCGAAGGCCGAGUCUGGAUGGAGCGACUUGCCCCAGUCCUCCUCUUCGCCGCUCUCUUCGACAUCGCCUGCUUCGAUGUCUCCGGCAAGAAGCCCGACGGAAAGGCCUACUGCGCUUACUAG